AUGUCGUCCAUGCGAAAUUCAAUACAGCGCCGCUCUCAUCGCGAGAGAGGUCAGAUCAAAUCCCGUGAAAGGCUGGGUCUCCUCGAAAAGCACAAGGACUACUCCCUUCGAGCAAAAGACCACAAGAAGAAACAAACCGUCCUCAAGAGCCUCAAGCAAAAGGCUGCCGAUCGAAAUGAAGAUGAGUUCUACUUUGGCAUGGUUUCCCGAGGCAAAUUCUCCUCAGGGAAGCUCGCAGACGGAAAGAAGUGGACCGGCACGGUAGCCGGCGACAGAGGAAACAAGGCCCUGGACAUCGAUACCGUCCGACUUCUCAAAACACAAGACAUCGGCUACCUGCGCACGGUGCGGAACGUAGUCGCCAAGGAAGUCGCAGAGCUCGAGCAGAAGGCUGUCAUUGCAGGGGCGCUUGCGGGCGUGGACGACAACGAUGAUGACGAGGAGGAAGACGACUUUGACAGUGAUGAUGACAUUACACCAAGAAAAUCAAAGCCACAAUCAAAACCAAAGAAAAUCGUGUUCGCUACGUCAGAAGAGGAGUUGGAGGAGAAGCUGCCGGAACCAGAAGAGGAUGACAACGACGUGGACAUGGGCGAUGACGAUUCCCAGGAGUCUGGGAAUGAGAAAGACGCUGAGUCAAGAAAAAGAGCACAGAAUGCAGAGCGACUACGGCAGAAGUUGCGGAAUGCAAGGAAGAAAUUGAAGGCCCUCACGGACGCGGAGAAUGAGCUCGAGUUGCAACGGGCACGGAUGGCGAAGACGGCGACAGUGACGACCACCACCAGGAGGGGCCAGAAGAUCAAGGUUCGGGAGCGCAAGAAGUAG